AUGGUUUCGAGGAAUAUUCUCAAUACGAUGCAAUUGAAUGAUCCAAUGACGUCAUUCACAGGAACAUCAACAACUCCAACUGCGAAUACGUAUAAAUCAAUGGCAAUGCAACAAUUCUUGACCACACAAAAUCCACGCCUUUACUGUCAGCAGCCAUUAAAUUAUCUACAGGGUCCAGUUUAUCUGUAUUCGCAGAUCAACGAUUGCGAGUCAGCAUGGCAUUCAGAUCCACAGCCUUAUCUCCAACCUCCACCGAAUCAUUUAUCGCUCAUUGAUCAUAACGCUCAAUGGAUCGCAGCUCCCAAACCCAAAGAUGAAAAUCGGUCAUCCACAUCGCAAACACCGAAACACCUGACUUCCCGCAGAAAUCCAAAUACUGUGCAUUUCAAACAUCGCUGUACUUGGUCAGGCUGCAUAUGGUCUUUUAAACGACUCGAGCAUCUAAAGAGACACAUGAUAACUCACACCGGAGAAAGGAAAUACCAGUGUGACUUUCCAGGAUGCGGGAAGCGUUUUGGCAGAUCUGAUAAUUACGCCGCCCAUCGCAAAAUACAUGCACGACGUUCAACUGAAAUGGUGUUGGUUGAUGGAACAGGGGUGAGACCGAGUGGAUAUAUAAAGACUGAGGAAUAG